AUGGGAUACAAGGAGUCUUUUUCUACACUCUUUAAAUUCCGCAAGCCCAACCUUCCUCCCCAAUGGAAUGCUUUAUUUACGAUCUUGUUCAAAAGCUUUUCUGAAAGAAUUACAGGAUCCGACUGUGCAAGUAAGUUAUUCACAACCCUCAUCUAUGGGAUCUGCACAAGAAUGAACAUCGAUUAUGGAGCUGUUCUAUGGGAUAAGGGAUUAUUUUUGCCGAUCCAUCAAAGUGCUCAUUCAUUGGAUCUAUCCAUGAAGUCAUGUUUCAAGAUGUUCCUGCUUCAAGUAAACUCUUGGAAGGGUUCCAUAAACUUUCACCUUCGGGGUUUAGGCCACUUACUCCAGAAAUGCAGGCACUUCUUGAUACCGCUUAUAAAUGAAAGAAAGGUGGAAAGGGGUCAAAAAAAGAGGUUAAGAAAGCUGAAGAGAAGAAAACAACCGGCUCGCAAACGGAAGACUCCUACUCCCUCUGCUAGCGAAGAGUCAAAUUCGGACACUAAGUCAGAUGUUCGUGUUGAGACAACUCAACCCAUUCGCAAUGAGGAGGAAAUCCUAGUUCGUAAUGAAGAGGUAGAGAAAGUUCAUAAUCAAGAGCCUCCAUUUCACAAUGAAGAAGAUACUACGAACCGAGAGGUACUUCAAUCUGUUCAUGACUCAGUUCCCUCUCCUCCUCCUUCUCCAAAAUCAACCUCGAUUCCCAUUACUAUUGCUCCUUUUCCACCCCCUGUUAUCUCAUCUCAACCUACUAUGGUUCCCAUCUCAACACCAAUCUUAACCACUUCCACUACUAAUCCCAUCACUUCAACAAUUCCUAAUGCUUCGGUCAACGUAUCUGAUAUGGGGGCUACAAUUUUAGUGUUGACUACCCCUGUUUCCUCAUCCCUUUCUUCUAUUCGUAAUGAUGAUCUGAAAAUGAUAUUUGCUGAAGAUAGUGAUGGAGACGAUCUAGGCGGAUUCACUUAUAGUCAAUUCCAUAUCAGGACUGAUAGUGAAGAUGAAGCCUCAAUUUCGAUAGGGAAGCUGAAAGCUAUUCAUGAGAAGCUUGAUCAAUUGUUGCUAGCCUCCAAGGCUUCCUCUUCUGAUUCAUAUUCAAAAGCAAUGGUUGAAUCAUUAUUUGAGAGAAUAAUGAAGGCCCAUGAAGAAAAUGCUAAAAAGAUGAAUGCAUCAUUUUUUUUUAAUCUGUUGAAUUCCGCAAAUCCACUACUAAAAAAGUCGAUAAACUAA